AAUACGUCUGCUCUCCAAAUGGGUCCGACUCUAGCAAAACCAGUAUCAACACAGAAAAGCAACGUGUGCGUCCAGCAACCCAGAAAAACUAACUGAAAAACACAAGUUUAUGAGCAACAUUGAACCUAAAAGUAAAGCAUGUCUGAGGCUUUAAUCAGGCAAAUAAAGGAGCUGGAGGAUGACCUGGAGAAGCUAAAGUCCCAGCUGAAGGAGAGCAGUGAAGCUGGAGAUGACCUGGAGAAGCUAAAGUCUCAGCUGAAGGAGAGCAGUGAAGCUGGAGAUGACCUGGAGAAGCUAAAGUCUCAGCUGAAGGAGAAGAGUGAAGCUGGAGAUGACCUGGAGAAGCUAAAGUCCCAGCUGAAGGAGAGGAGUGAAGCUGGAGAUGAUCUGGAGCUGAUGUCCAAUCCAUCCCCUAAUGAAAACACAGACUGUAAACUAACUGAUUCUAACACCAGCAGCAGUAAUAAAGGUAAGAAAGCAGGCAAAAAGCGUCCUUUUGACUUCUCCGUCCACCCUCGGCGCCAUGUGGCUCUGCGGCUGGCCUACCUGGGAUGGUCCUACCAGGGGUUCGCAGUCCAGGAGAACACCGACAACACUGUGGAGGCCAGACUCUUCGAAGCUCUGCUGAAGACGCGGCUGAUCCUGGACCGACCGAGCUCCAACUACCACCGGUGUGGUCGCACCGAUAAAGGAGUCAGUGCCUUUUCCCAAGUUAUAACCAUCGAUUUGCGCUCCACACAGUUUUGUGGAGGACUGGGCAUCGCAGUCCCUGAACAUGGUAAUGUUAGUGCCAAGAAUAAAGCUACCGGCUCUGAGCUUCCAUAUUUGAAGAUGCUGAACCGAGUCCUGCCCCAGGACAUCAGGAUCUUGGACUGGGCACCAGCAGCAGAGGGCUUCAGUGCACGCUUUGACUGUAAGUCCCGCACGUACCGGUACUACUUCCCCCGCGGAUCCUUGGAUGUGACAUUGAUGGCAGAUGCUGCAAAAAGAUACGAGGGCACUCAUGACUUUCGCAACCUGUGCAAAAUGGAUGUGGGCAACGGGGUCUUGCAGUUUGAGAGGACCAUCUUGUCGGCGUCAGUCAAGCCUGUGCAGCCUCAGCACGUCUCCAGCACGGACCAGUAUGACCUCUUUGUGUUUGAGAUUAAAGGAUUGGCCUUCCUUUACCACCAGGUACGAUGCAUGAUGGCGCUGCUUCUCCUGAUCGGGCAGAAACUGGAAGCCCCGGAGAUAAUUAAUCAGCUCCUGGAUGUUCAGAGUAACCCCAGGAAGCCCCAAUACAGCAUGGCAGUAGACUACCCUCUGGUGCUAUACGACUGCCACUUUGAAGGUUUGAGCUGGAAACAGGAGAGUGAAGAGGUGAACCACGUCCUGUCUGUACUACUGCAACACUGGACCCAGAGUGCAGUCAAGACCCACGUCCUCCACGGGAUGAUUCAGGGUUUGGAGGCCGUAGGUGGAGCGUCCUCUAACCACUGCUGGCUAGUAGAAGGCAGCAGGCAGAGAAACUACCGGCCCCUGCUGGAGCGUCCGUGCUGCGAGAGCCUGGAGUCCAGGAUAAACCAUUUUGUCAAAAGAGGCCGACUGGAGCGGGAGGACGGGGAGAAUGGAGGUGAAAUGGUCCAUAGGGGGAAAAGGUCUAAACAUUCCCACAAUUCCCCCAGUCUGCCGGUUUCAUCAGAGACGCCAUCGUCAAAACAAAAUACAGAUCAAAAAGCAAAAGAUUAAUAUUUUCUUGCCAGACUAUAUUUUUUAGUAUUUUUUGUUGAAGC